AUGUAUAGGAAAGUCAACUCUUAUUUGCCGAACUCGAUUCCGUCCUACUUUAGAACAGGAAACACGUGCGAUGCCGGAAGUGGUAACGCAUGCGAAGUUCGGCAUUCAGAUAGUCUACAUGAUAACCCAGGGUAUUAUCAUCAACAUUACGUUUCAUACAGUUCUACUAUGGACGUUGCUCCCCCUGGAGGCAGAACGCCAUAUAUGCAUCCCCAUAUAUUUAGUGCAAAUAGCCAUAGAGUGCCAUCCAUAGUGAAAGAGUUUCAGAAAGAUUUGUCUAAUACUAACAUUAGCACCUCUCACAAUUGUGUUACUAAAGACGAUCCUGAUAAAUUCCCUCUUACAUCCAUUAGAGAACUUAGCGUAUUCCCAAGAACGGUUUCUAUGUCAGCCGAUGUUGGUAGUCCGACAGAGGAUUCGCUGGACAACCUGACAGAGAAGAAAUCGACAAGCGGUGAUGAAAGCCAAGACAGCGACUAUAGUCCUAGUAAACCCUUCUACCCUUGGAUGAAAAGUCAAUUUGGUCCAAAUCGUAAACGGGGAAGGCAGACGUACACACGUUAUCAGACGUUAGAACUCGAGAAGGAAUUUCACUUUAACAAAUAUCUGACCAGGAGACGAAGGAUAGAAAUUGCUCACGUGCUUUGUUUGACGGAACGCCAAAUCAAAAUUUGGUUUCAAAAUCGACGUAUGAAGUGGAAAAAGGAGGCAAAAUUUAUACCUAACUGUGAAUCAGGCAAGGAUCGAAUACCAAAAUGA